AUGCCCUCGGCCAAACAAAGGGGCUCCAAGGGCGGCCACGGCGCCGCGAGCCCCCCGGACAGGGGCGCCCACCCGUCGGGCGGCGCGGAUGACGUGGCGAAGAAGCCGCCGCCGGCGCCGCAGCAGCCGCCGCCGCCCGCGCCGCACCCGCAGCAGCACCCGCCGCAGCAUCCGCAGCCACCGGCGCACGGCAAGGGCGGCCACCGCGGCGCCAAGUCCGCCGCCGCCGCCGCGUCCUCGGCGUCCUGCUCGCGCAGGCUCGGCCGGGCGCUCAACUUUCUCUUCUACCUCGCCCUGGUGGCGGCGGCCGCCUUCUCGGGCUGGUGUGUCCACCACGUCCUGGAGGAGGUCCAGCAGGUCCGGCGCGGCCACCAGGACUUCUCCCGGCAGAGGGACGAGCUGGGUCAGGGCUUGCAGGGCGUCGAGCAGAAGGUGCAGUCUCUGCAGGCCACGGUCGGGACUUUCGAGUCCAUCUUGAGAAGCUCCCAACAUAAACAAGAUCUCACGGAGAAAGCCGUGAAGCAGGGGGAGAGCGAGAUCAACCGGAUCAGUGAGGUUCUGCAGAAGCUCCAGAAUGAGAUCCUCAAAGACCUGUCGGAUGGCAUCCACGUGGUGAAGGAUGCCCGCGAGCGGGACUUCACGUCCCUGGAGAACACGGUGGAGGAGAGGCUGACAGAGCUCACCAAGUCCAUCAACGACAACAUUGCCAUCUUCACCGAAGUCCAGAAGAGGAGCCAGAAGGAAAUCAAUGAGGUGAAGGCCAAGGUCGCCUCUCUGGAAGACUCCGAGGGGUACAAGCAGGAUUUGAAAGCCUUGAAGGAAGUCGUGGAGGAAAUACAAAUCUCUAUGAAGUCCAAAGAAAAGGACCUUGAGGCGCUGAGAAGCACGCUCCAGACCAUGGAGUCUGACGUCUACACCGAGGUCAAAGAGCUGGUGAACCUCAAGCAGGAGCAGCAGAGGUUCAAGGAGGUGGCCGACUCGGAGCGCCUCACCCUCCAGGCCCUCACGGAGAAGAUCCUCCAGGCGGAGGAGUCCACCGCCCGCCUCCCGGAGGAGAUCCGGCGACUCGAGGAAGAGCUCCGCCAGCUGAAGGCCGAAUCCCUCCAGCCCCAAGAAGACGCAGUCUUUAGAAACUCCGAUGCCCUCGACGUGCUCCAGGAAAAGAGUCGGGGAUUGGACUCCAGGCUCCACACCGUGGAGGACGGGGUCCACGCCGUGCAGACGGCCUCUGCGCAGCAGACCGCCAGCCUGGAGUCCCUCCUGGCCAAGAGCGAGGAGCACGAGCAGCGCCUGGCCGCCCUGCAGGAGCGCGUGCGGGGCCUGGGCGCGCCCUCGGAGGGGGACCAGGGCGGCCUGGCCAGCACGGUGAGGAGCCUGGGGGAGGCCCAGCUCGCGCUCUACGGCGACGUGGAGGAGCUGAAGAGAAGCCUGGGCGAGCUCCCCAGCACCGUGGAGGCGCUCCAGAAGGUGCAGGAGCAGGUGCACACGCUGCUCGGCCAGGACCCAGCCCGGGCGGCCCCUGCGCCUCCCCAGGACUUCCUGGACAGACUCUCUUCUCUAGACAACCUAAAAGCCUCAGUCAGCCAGGUGGAAUCGGACUUGAAAAUGCUCAGGACUGCCGUGGACAGUUUGGUCGCCUACUCAGUGAAAAUAGAGACCAACGAGAACAACCUGGAAUCCGCCAAGGGCUUGCUAGAUGACCUGAGAAGUGAUCUGGAUAGGUUGUUUGUGAAAGUGGAAAAGAUUCACGAAAACCUGUAAAGGAACUGUGGGUGGCAGGGCGUGGAUUUAAAGUCCAGUUUCUUAUGACCAAAAAAUGUGUUCUUUUCUCCCUCGCGCCCCUCCCCCCACGUCCCGUCCCCUCCUCCGGGGCCUUGGGCACCACCUGGCACACCAAGGCAUUUUGUAUUUUUGAGGCCGGUUAAUUUAUUUGCGAUUAUUGCCACACGCCACUGGUUUCUCAAGUUUUCUGCUUCUGCUUUUGGUUGGUUUCCUGAAGGCCUGGCCGCCGCGAAUCAGAGGUGCUUUUCAGAAGGGAUGUCCCUAGUGUCAGGGCAGAACCGUGAUGGCUUCAGCUGAGGAUUAACAGAAGCAGAUUAACUCUAACCUCAAAAGCCCUGCCUGGCUGGCAGAUUUCAAGUAAAAAGAGUGGGGGGAGGAGGCACUUUUCUUUCUAAUUGUCGUUAAGGAAAAUUAAUUUUACUCCUUUUUUUGUUUUAUACUUCUGGCUGAAGUUUUAAGAGCUGUCACUCCCUUCUUGUCUUCCACUUUAAGCCGGUUAAAACCCAUCAGUGUCACCUCUGAAUUGGGAGGGGGGCAAGCCCCCCUCGGUUUUUAGUCAAAAAGAAUCAGCUGCUUGACAGUCGCCUCCCUCGGGGUGGGCGUCUUUUCCACUCCUGAAUCAUCUCGUGAUCCCAGAGGUAACUAUGCAAAGAAUCCAGAUGGUUGUGAAUGUGAAGCACGACACCCCACUGAGUGCCCUGUGGCGGACCUGUGUCACCUCUUGUGGGGUCCCCAAAUAACACAUAGGUUUGGAACCCCUGAGAGGGGAGUCCUUGGGUUCUUCCAGGAAAUGUCUUAUGAGGGCUGUCCCCAAAGGCGUGGGCUGUCUGCCUGGGGAGUGGAGGCCAAGUCGUCGUAUUUCACCAUGAUGUCCGUGAAGAGGUUUGCUGUCCGAGCAGAGCCCCGCCUGUCAGUGAGGAGCGUGUGCAUUUUCUGUAGUUGUUCCGUUUCCCUUCCCCUCUCAGCUGUACUGUUCUUUAACGGCUGUCUUGCCCUUCAAAAAAGAAAAAAAAAAAAAGAAAAGGAAAAGAAAAGAAAAAAAAGGUUUGUUUAGUUUACUGUGAAAUGAACUGUAUGGCUUAUUUACAGUAUUUUUAAUUCUUAAUAAACACUUGAGCUUUGUUACGA